AUGCUCCGGCCCUGGCAGGCAGCCGCGCUUGAUGGCGCGGCCAGCCUUGCCGGCGUCCAAGGCCCAGCUGUGCCUGUGGCUGUGCCGCCUGGGCGCCCCACAGCGCUGGCAGGCGCUGCUCCCGCCCAAAGCGCCUCGGCAGCGCAGGCGACGCUGCAGCCCGCCAAGAUCGUCACGGUUCAGGCCAUGGGACCCAGCAGCCUGACGCAAUUCGUGGCCAACAGGGUCAUCAUCAACUUGAACGGCAGCCUGUGCAGCAACCUGGCGCAGGGUGGCGGCGGGGAAGCCAACGCGACCGCGCGGCUGCACCUUGUUGGGGCGCGGCUAGACGGCAAGGACGCGGUGUUCCCAGGCAGCGCCACUGCAAACUGCACCCACCUGGCGUUCUCCGUCACGCCCGACGCGUCGGUGCGCAGCGGCGCGUUCGCCGCCCGGGUGUCCGCUCCCGGCGGCGCGCCGCUGCAGUUGCCCGGGCCGAUCACGGUCGUGCGUCCGCCGACGGUCGGCGUGGCGGCGCGGUCCGUCGAGCUGGCGGCGGACGGCACAGCCGCGCAGCUGCGGGUGCGGCUGUCGGGGUCGGCCAAGGUGGCCGUGCGCGUGCGGCUGCAGCUGUCGGACGGCGCGCUGCAGCUGGUCGGCGGCGACCGCGUGACCUGGCCCCCCGGCCAGUCCGGCGAGCGCACGUUCACGCUGCGCGUCACGUCCGCGCCGCGCGCGGGGCGCAUCUCUGCGCGGCUCGUCGAUGCGGAGGGCGGCGCGGUGAUCCCGGCCGCGGACGCGGAGGCGAGCGUGGUAGUGCUGUCGCCCGUGCUGUCGUUCGUGCCGACGAAGCAGGCGAUCGUCCGCGGCGACGCGGCGCCGCCGCUGGUCACGUUCAAGCUGUCGGGCACCAGCGCCUUCCCCUCCUCUUGGUCAUACACAACCUACCUCCUCAACGGCUCGCGCCCGACCGACGCCGGCAGCUGCCGCGCGGGCGCCAACGCGAGCGCCGCGCCCGGCGCGGCCGCGCCGCCCGGCUGCGCCGCGGACUGGGACGCGCGCGCCAACCUCAGCGUGCGCGGCACGGUGUGGGCGCAGCCGGGGCAGGCGUCGAUCGCGCCCAUCCGGCUGCCACUGGAGUGGGAGCGCGUGCCCUACGAGGCGGAGUACAUGGUUGGCGUCCGCAUCUCUCCGCUGAUCAACGGCCGCGCGACGCAGCAGGCCACCGAGGCCGCCGCCGUCGUCUUUGGCACACCGCCGGGCCACUGCCCCCCCGGCAGCGCGCUGCGCCGCGACGCGGCGCGCGCGGGCGACGCGGCGGACGGCCCCAUGUACGGCGGCACGGCGGCACUGCAGGAGCUGCGCCUGUGGGUGGAUGGCCUGGGCGGCGCCAACAGCAGCAGCAGCGGCGUCGGCAGCGGCGGCGGCGCGCUGGGCGCGGCUGGCGGCGGCAGCAACGGGAGCGCGCUGGAUCUUGACCCGCCGUUCCAGCCGCUGACCGACCGCUACGUCGGGCUGCUGCCGCACACCGCGCGCGACGCCGAGCUGGUGAUCGGCUCCACGCGCGGCGGCGACAGCGUGGCCGUCGACGCGGGCGGCUGCGACGGGCUGGUCAGCCGCGACUUUAAUGUGACGCGCGGCCGCGGCGAGCGCAUGUGGCGCGCGAGCUACGGGCUGCGCGCACAGCGGCGGCCGUGCUGGCUGCGGGUGCACGUCUUCACCUCGGCGGAGGCGCAGCAGGGCGGCGGCGCGGACGGCGCGGACGACGGCAGCGCGAUCCCCGACGCGCUGCAGCCGCAGGCGGCCGCCGAGGACGAGGGGCGCAAGGGCGCGGCGGCGCCGCCGCAGGACGCCGGGCGCGCGGCGCUGCAGCAGGUGGAGAAGGAGGGCGUGCGGCGCGUGCUGUACCGCAGCUACUCGAUCCGGCUGGUGCCCCUGAGCCCGCUGACGGCGCUGUCGCUGCGGGCCAUCUCGUUUUCAAACAGCACGGCCACCCUCGUGGCCUGCGGAAUACCCAGCCGCCUGGGCCACCUGUUCGUGCAGCCGCGGCCGGCGGCGGCACCGACCGCGCAGGGCGGCGCGGCCGCGGCGGGCCCGGCGGCGCAGCCGCUGCCGGCGCCGCUCGUCGCGGCGCCGGGGCUGCUGCCGCGCGUCGCGUACUACCUGAACGCGCCCGCGGCCGCCGCGGCCGCCUCCAUGCGCCGGCGCGCGCCGCUGCCCGUGUGGGCGCCCGCGGACGCCUCUCAGCAGCAGCAGCAGCAGCAGCAGCAGCAGCAGCAGCAGCCGUCGUCGCCGCAGCCGGCGCAGGCGGUCCUGUCGCUCACCGACCCUCUGACCAACCAGACCGUCAUCUGGGCCGACCUCACCGCCGCCGAGUGCGCGCCAGACAGGUUUGUGCUCGCGCCGCUGGCGCAGGUGCUGGCGCUGGGAGGCGAGGCGCGGAUGGCGCCAGAGCUAAUGGACGCCUCGGCGGAGGGCGUGCGCGUCGGCAUGAGUGGCGUCGCGCUCGCGCUUUCAGACGGCGCGGCCGGGGCGAACGGCGGCGGGGCGGCGGCGGGCGGCGCGGGCGGUGGCGGAAACAGCAGCGGCUUGAUAUCCGCGGCGCUUCUGCUGCAGGACGCGGCGAACAUAAGCCUCGCCCUCGCCGGCGGCGGCGCCGCUGCGGCCGCCGACGGGUACGCGCUGCCAGGCGUGCCGCGGCUGCCGGGGGCGUCCCUCGAGCUGCCGGUGAUUACGACAGCCGACGACGGGCUGUCAUCGAAGACUUACACCCUGGUGCUAUAUACAAACGUCACCAGCGCCCAGACGCUCGCGCGCCUCCGCACCGGCGGCGCCGCCGCCGCGCCGGGCAACGCGUCGGCGCCCGACGGCGACGCGGCCGCCACCGCGCGGCGCGGCGGCGCGGCCGGGUCCGGCAGCCGCCCCGAGGAGGAGGAGGCGGCGGCGCUGCAGCGGGACGUAUUUGGUUCGCGGCCGGCGGGCUGGCCGGCGUCGCCUGGGGAGAGCAGCAACUGCAGCCUGUGCGCGCGGGGCACUUACUCGUCUAAGCUCGACGCGCGCGAGUGCCAGGUCUGCCCCCCGGGCAAGUUCUCCGCCUCGCCCUUCAGCAGCGGCUGCAGCCUGUGCCCGCAGGGCUCCUUCUCGUACUUCUGGGGCGCCGACGCCUGCCGCACCUGCCUGCCGGGCACGUUUGCGGCGCUGCGGGGCUCCCUCUACUGCGACAUCUGCGCCGACGGCCGCACCACCAUCGGCGAGGGGGCGUCUGGCUGCGACGUGUCGGUUGCUGACCUGGCGACCCCGGAAUACGUGAUGCUGCUGUCCUUCGGCGUGCUACUGUCGGGCGCGAGCCUCAACGGCGUCAGCCGCGACACGACGGGCAUCAACGCGAGCAGCGAGGGCAUUGUGGCGGUGCUCGUGCGCAGCGACACGGCGUCGGCGCUCAACGUGAGCCUGGAGGCCGUCACUAUCGGCGGGGUCACCCAGAUGAGCCGGCGGCGGCUGCUGGUCAACGUGAGCGCGGCGGUGCCGAUCAAUACGGAGGACGCGGCGGCGGCGGACACGCGGGACCUCAGCGCGG